AUGUGGCCGUCCAAACUCGCCCUUGUCACUGCGGGGGCCCUGGUCGGCCCGGCCACGGCCCUGCUCGUCGCACCGAACUCGCCAUGCGAGCAAUACUGCGGAAACGUCCUGUCGGCUACUACGGGUUCCGACAUGACCUGUGAUGACAGCCUCUACUCGUCGAGUUCUGCCGGCAUCGUCUUUGAGUCCUGUAUCAACUGCGAACUCAAGAGCGCCUACUCGACUGGCAACGUUUCGGACUUGCAGUACCUACUGUACAACCUUCGCUACACAAUUUCAUACUGCCUCUUUGGCCUCGAAAACAACACCAACGUCGCAGGCUCUCCUUGCGUCACCAGUCCCGCCUGUGGCAUGCUUGAGGACUCGUUCAACUAUGAAAAUCUAACCGUGGACGUCGCUCCUUACGGCUACUGCGAUGGGUGGAUCGAGGUCCAGGUCCCCAAGUGCACAGCCUGUCUCGGCUCUGGAUUUUCAAAUUCAUUCAUGGAAAAUUAUGUCACCAUUCUGGACGCUGCUUGUAUCCAAAAGCCCAAUGCCGGGAUUACGCUGAGCGUAUCUGGAACGCCAUUCUCUACCAUCCCGAUGAACGUCACCACGCCGUCGGCUGUCCCACUGUAUACCUACACGCCUGCAUAUUCCGCCAUUUCUCUCGGAGGCAAAGUAGGCAUCGCCAUUGGCGGCCUGGUUCUCCUCCUCAGUUUCGCCGGCGUCAUGAUUGUGUGCCUUGGCCGCCGUCGCCGUCGCGCCUACCUGAAGAGCGUCGAAGCCCGCUACCGCAACAGAGGUAAUGGCGGUGUCGUGGGCGGCGGCAGCGGCGACGGUUGGCCCUCGCCCAAUAUUGGCCGUGGCAGCAAGGCGCAUGAGAAGUUCUCGACGCCGACGAGCGCGCAGCCGCUACGCGGUUGGGACGACACGCCGACGUCUGCGUCCACCAUGGCCGAGAAGAACGGCGGGUUCUUCCCUCGCUACUUCUCCCCGUACAACUCGCAGUACAACAGCCCCGUCAGCGCCGAGGAAGGCCCACCAUACGCUGCAUGGCCCACAAUGGCAUCCAUGACCGACACACUCGCCGCCGGCAGCAGCUCGUCCCCCAAUGGGGGCUCGGGUGGCCGGCACUAUGCGCUUGGUCUGCGCUCGGUCAGCCCUGUCGCCGACGAUGCACACGAUGGAUCGCCAGGGAGCAGCUCCGGGGCGAACGGCCGCAAGCCGUGGCCGCCCGGGUACACCCAGGAGGAGAUUGAGCGCAUGGCGCACGAGUACGAGCUGGCACAGAUUGGCGUUGCUCUUGGCGGCGCCGACCCGAGCCUGCGAAGCAAGAACUCCAACGUCAGCCUCGAAGGGUCGGCCGGCGCCAAGUCCGCCGUCGAUGUCGACGACUUCCCGACGCCGCCGCUGCAACAGGCGCCGACACAGACCGCACUUCGGCAGCAGUCGCCGGCGCAGCACGACGAGUCGUCGUCGCCGUCGUCGCUGUCUUCGCUGUCCGUGUCGGCCGGUGCCCUGUGGGAGCAGCCGUCGUCGUCGUCGUCCAAGCGCAAGACGCGCCGCAGUAGCAAGAAGUCGUCGAGCACGCGGCAGGCGAGCGAGCCGAGCGACAACGAGAGCAUCAUUCUCUCGACGUUCCGAAGGCCGUCCGUGACGCAGGAGCAGUCACAAAUUGCAGAACCGCAGCCACCACCGGCACCCACACUGCAGCCACCGCGAGCGAUUCCAUACUACCCGCCGCCACCAUCACCACAGAUGGAGUCGCCGUACAGCCCGCAGUUGCCCUACGGCGGCCUGACAGAAGAAGACGCAAGGCAUGGCCAUGCCAUGUGA